GAACAUUUUUAUUCAAAUAAAAACUUGAUUUUCAAGUCUUAUUUUAAUACUUCAUUGAAAAAUUGUUGCCUGUUCUAAUUCUUUAUUUAUAAUAUCCGAAAUGCGAAAAAUAGCUAUAUUUUCAUCAAUCUCAAUUAUUUUAUACUUGUAUUUCCCGGGAAGAUUUAAUUUCUCCAUUUUGAAAAAGAGCAGACCAAAAAGUACAAGGGAAUCAAAUAAACAACGUAUAGGGUUGCAAUAGCUACAGCAUAGAAAGUUUGUGCGAAAGAAAUCGACCAAUCACAGCAUGUCGAUAUCCUUUGCCAUCAGCUCUAUGGUCUGUACAAUUUGCGAACUCGCUAUUUUUACACAUAACGCAAAUUGUGUAAAUACUUUAGUGAAUCACAUGACUAGAACAACCAAUCAUGUUCAAGAUGCCCAACCUGGAGUCGAAGAAUAUAGCCGCCUGUACCAAAAUGCCUAGGACAAAUGUUUGAAAGAAAUAUUUUUUGGAAUUAGGGAACAACGGCCUAUGUUUCCAAAAAUCCCAUUCUCAUCCCAUUUCAAUCAAUGACAACAAAGGAAAAUGGUGUAACAAGGUGGAAAUACAGUGAUUUGGAAAAAAAAUGUCUCAAUAAUAAUAUUAUUAUUGAGUGAAGCGAUUAAACUUUAUUAGGAGUUUCAAAAAAUGCAAGACAGAUCGAUCCCAUCUCUGGUGCUUUUAUUAUUCUUGUUUGACUUCAAAGGAAAAUGAUACAAUCAACUCAUUUUAUUGAUAUACUUGGAAUUUUUUAUGGAAGGAUAUUCUGGUGAAAUUUUCAUAAGAUGUUUGUCAUUGCCUCUUUUGUGAAGUGAAGUAGAUAAGAAAAAGAUAUCAAAAUGUAUGACUUUUAAGGAUGAUUAGUUUGGAGAUAAACAACGAUCCCAUACAGAUGAAAAUUAUUACAAAUAAAAAAGUGUUCAAUAGUUUAUUCUUUUGAAAUGAAUCGUUUUAGAUCAUAGAAGAUUGAUAAAUCAGCAAAGACAUUAAAUGUCUCUCAUGGCCGGUGAUCCAUCGGUUAAAGCAUUUGCUACCGAUACAAAUGUUGAAAUUCAAACUAAUUCCUGUAAUACACAGCUAGCAUUCUAUUAUCAAAUUCAUUCUGGAGAAAAUUCUUAUUCUUCGGAUAUAAGUUAUAAAGGAUUUUCUGAAAUACAGGAUUUGGAACGACUUAUCCGAACUCAUACAAAUCCAAAACUUUUUUCUUGUAAAGUAUGCUGUAAAGGAUUUUCUACGAGAGGUAAUUUAAAUAUGCAUUAUCGAAUUCAUUCAAAUGAAAAUAUUUUUGUUUGUGAUGUGUGUAGAAAAGCAUUUUCUCGGAAAGAUAAUUUAGAUAUCCAUUAUCGAAUUCAUACAAAAGAAAGACCGCAUGCAUGUGAUUUUUGUCAGAAAAAGUUUAUUCGGAAAGGUGAUUUGAUAAGACAUUUACGAACCCACACAAAAGAAAAACCUUAUUCUUGUGAAUUAUGCUGUAAAGAAUAUUCUGAUAGAAGUAAUUUAGUUUUGCAUUAUCGAACUCAUACAAAUACAAAGCCUUUUGUUUGUGAUGUGUGCACGAAAGCGUUUUCACGAAAAGAUAAUUUAAGAGAGCAUCGUCGAAUUCAUACUAAUGAAAAACCUUAUGCAUGUGAUUUAUGUCAGAAAAAGUUUUUUCGGAAAACUGAUUUGACAAAACAUUUCCGUGUCCACACAAAAGAAAAACCUUAUUCUUGUGAAGUAUGCUGUAACGAAUUUUCUGAGAAAGGUAGUUUAAUUCUGCAUUAUCGAACUCAUACAAAUGAAAAGCCUUUUGUUUGUGAUGUGUGUAUGAAAGCAUUUUCUCGAAAAGAUAAUUUAAGAGAGCAUUAUCGAAUUCAUUCUGAAGAAAGACCGUAUGCUUGUGAUUUUUGCGAGAAAAAGUUUAGUCGGAAAUAUGGUUUGACAAAACAUUUGCGAACCCACACAAAUGAAAAACCUUAUUCUUGUGAUCUAUGCUGUAAAAAAUUUGCUUUGAGAUCUAAAUUAGUUUUGCAUCAUCGAACUCAUACAAAAGAAAAACCUUUUGUUUGUGAAGUGUGUAUGAAAGCAUUUUCUCGAAAAGAUUAUUUAAAUGUGCACUAUCGAACUCAUAAAGAUUAAAAAUCUUAUGUUUGUGAUGUGUGCAUAAAAGAAUUUUCUCGUAAAAAAAAUCAGAUAUUUGAGCAUUAUAGAAUUCAUACUGGUUAUAUUCUUGUGAAUUAUGCUGUAAAAUAUAUUCCCCUCAAGAAAGGACGCUAAAAGAUCAUUUCUUUGCUCUGAUGGAAGAAAAAUCUUUUUGUAAUGUUUGCAAUAAAAAGCUUUGUCAGAAGAGUGAUUUGAAGAUAAAAUUUCAAAAUCCUUAAAAUAAGAUUUCUGCAAGAACAUUAGCGAUAUCGUAUAAAUGAAUGAACAUUUUCGAAUUCAUAUAAUCCCUUUUUGGAUGAAGUAUAUACUUGAAAGAAUUCUUAUUAAAAUAUACAUUAAAUAAAGAUAAUCUUUUUCAUGAAAUUUGAAUUACCUUUUCCUGUUUUGUCUAGGAUCAGUGAAACUGCAAAUGAAGAAUCAAUGAUGAUCUGUGGUCAAUAAUUAAUUGUGUGGACGCUAAUUUAUACACGCAAAUUCGUACUUUUACAACUGAAAACGUUUUUGUCAUGACAUUUGCGAAAAUGUAUUCUCCAAUAAAUAUUAUUUUAAUAAA